AUGUCGGUAAGAAAUCGUACGGCACCCGGUCUCGACAGAAUAAAACCAGAACAACUGAAGAACCUUCCGCCAGUACUCAUCAACACCCUGGCGAGGCUCUUUACACGUUACCUGUCGGAAUGCAAGGUUCCUAAACAAUGGAAGACCAGCAAGAUCGUGUUGUUGUAUAAAAAGGGAGAUCCACAUGACAUCGGCAACUAUCGCCCAAUCUGCUUACUGUCUGUCAUCUACAAGCUCUCCAUAAGAGUAAUCUUUAAUAGGAUUGAAAAGGUCUUGGAUGAAGGACAGCCAUGCGAGCAAGCAGGGUUUCGAAAAGGAUUCAGCACGAUUGAUCACAUUCACACUGUUUCGAAACUCAUCGAGGUAUCACGAGAGUACAAGAUGCCGCUCUGUCUCACCUUCAUCGACUUAAAGAAGGCCUUCGACUCAGUUGAGACGGAAGCGGUCGUGGAAGCCUUGGACAACCAAAGCGUCCCUACUCAGUACAUAAAGGUACUUCGAGAGUUGUACAGUAACUUCACGACCGGAAUUUUGCCAUUCUACAAGAAUAUCAUCAUUGACGUGAAGAAGUGA